AUUAAGAUAUCUAUUCAGAAAUACCAAAUAAAAAUGAGAAUAUACUAAAUUUUUUAGAUUCAAGCUUCGAAUUAGAUUUUUUAGAUGAUGAAAAACAGCUUGGAUAGCUUCAUAGAUAAUACAAAACUAGGAUUGGAAAUUCUUCAUCUAGAAGAAUAAAAAGUUAAGACAAUUAGAAUUUUGUGCCAAGCUUAAGAGAUGUCAAAUAGUAUGCAUAAAGAACUAGCAUUACGAACUGUAAUUUGAAAAGAAAUUUAAAGUAACAUACUGAAAUAAAUAAAUUUCAAUAAAAAGAAAUAAAAAAAAUAGAGCAAAACCAAGAUAACAAUUAAUAAAAAUUUUAAAAACCAAUAUAGAAAUUAAAUAAAUAGCCCUUAAAUAAUACCAGCAUAAUAAAUUAACAAGAAAGUCAAUCAAAAUAAAUGGAAAGUAUGAUUGGCUAUUAGAAAAAUAAGCACUCAAUUCACUAUAAAGAGGAUUUUUGCUCAUAUUUGAUUGCUGAAUUCUAUGGUGAUGUAAUGAAUUAAAACUUUUAUCAAAUUUUUGAUAAUUAUAAAUUACUUGAUAACAAUAAAAAAUAGAUAUCUGGAUAAGGAUAAAUUUAAUUAUAAAGGUAUAAUAAUAACAAACCUUAUAUAAAUCUAAUUUAAUAAGUUAAAAAAAAAGAAUUUAAAAUAAAUUAAUUUCCUUA